AGAAAAGCAAAGUCCCAAGGCCCACAGCACUCAAAAGAAAACCUAAGUCCCUGCCGACACCAGCCAGGACAGGACCCAGACGGAUGGGGACGCGAGCCCCUGCCGCGGUCCCCGGCCCAACCCGCGCAAGGGAGGAGUCCCCAGCUGCUCUCGCCAGGGCUCGGUCAAAGAAGGCCGUGCGGGCCCCCUGUCGUCCUCCCGGGCCAAACCAACCCGUGCGACGCGGCCCCGCCCCGCCCGGCUCCGCUCCGCUCUCUUCAGGUCCCGGGGACAGCGCCUGGGAGUGCUGGUCGACCCGCUCGGGCUGCCACCCAACGUUUCCCGGGCCCUGGAGCGCGCAGACAGGCAACCCGCACACUAUGCCUGCCGGUCCAACCUCCCGCCAGUAGGUCACACAAGCCCGCCCCAGCAGGCCGGCGGCAGUUCCGCUGGUGUCACCCAACUCCUGGGACUCUGUCUCGGUCACCGCCACCACAUGUCACUCCUUGGUGACUUCCGAAUGCGAGAAGUUCGUAUAAAAGCGGCCACCAGGUGGAGCCCGACAACCGCCACCAACAUCAGGCACAAGAGACUCGGAACGUCGUUCCGUGUCAGCGGGACCAGCUCCGAAGGGGGCGUAGAAAGCCACCAGGACGUGCCCCACCAGCCGGGGCGCCCUGCCAGCCACCACCCCCCCCCCCCCGCCCCGAGGGGCACGAGCAGCCACCGCUCUGCCCAGAGGCCCUAGAAAGCCCGGCGGGGACACAGGGGCGGUCUCGGACCGCCUGCAAAACCGAAACCACGAAAGGAGGACACGCGAGGAAACGGAACAAUCAUCGCUCCGAUUCCACCCUCUCGCUGCCGGGGAAAGGGAGAAGCAGGCAAGAGAGACUCUGAGAGACCGAAAGACAAGUCUGGGUUCAUGCCCCAAGUCCAAAGAGAGAAUACCAGGACUUCCGGGGAUGGUGUCCUAAUAUGAUUUCAUUUCAGUUCAUUUCAUUCCAAUCGUUCCCGCUGACGGAAGCAUCCAGGUCAAGAAACCCACAGAGCAGAGUCCAAUAGGUGACUCCAGAGGAGCAGGAUGUGCCAUGUGCCUCAAUCACUCUCACCAGGAACAGGGUGCUCUCACUGAACUCACCCUGGAAAAGAUGCUUCAGUACACGUGCCAUUCCGACAACACACCCCCUCCCCAAUCCAAGGCAGCGCGAAGUACGAAAACUAAAUCCAUGUUUGCUUUUCAUUCAUUCAUCGGUCCGGGUCAUUUGUUUGGUUUGUCAGGCUUCCACCCGCCACCGCAACCCAGUGACCCAGCUUGAUACUUUCCAGAUCGGAGGAGGCCCCUACCAAGGCCUCCUACCUUGUCCUUUCAUUCGUAAUCACGUGACGGUCGUUCCAUUCCCCAAGACCACUAACUAACCCUAACUCACCUUAAACCUACGCCUGUAUAAAUAUAGACACGCGCACACACACACACACACACACACACACACACACACACACACAUUGAAAAGGAGGGGGAAUGUAUGUGACUCAGGAGCUCAGCGUUCAGCGACCCUGCGGUUCCAUCCCCAUGAUCACCAAGGGGGGAAAGAUAAAUCAAUGCCGCAGCUGACAUACACAGGCCGUCCAUGCUUUGGAUGGUACACAGUAGUCACAGAGUUCGCCAGAUCAUGGGACACAGAUCAGUGGGCCUAAUCCCGCCGCACUCUUAGGGCCAUCCCUCCAACUGGACUGUGGGCUCAGGCGUAAGUGAAUCAUGGCUACUCCCCACUUUGAGGAAGCUUCAAGGCCUUUUAGGGCAAGAACCUUGCAGGUGCCUGCAGGAUAAGCAGUUCGGAGCCCGCACGGAGAUCAGCUGAGCAGAGUAAAGGCUCUCCCACAAGAUGCGGGGAGAGAGACCGAGGGACCUCACUGCUUCCUGAGGCCACCACUCUAUUUUCACUGGGAGCCAGCGAGUGUGUGAUUUGACACGGACCGCCUCGCAGUCAGCGGGCUGGCGAGAGGCACCGGGCUCAACCCACCAAAACAAAAACCAAAAGGGAGGCGGCGGCGGCGGGGGGGUGUCCCCCGCGGGGGCGCCGUGGGGCGGGGCGGUGCCACAGGAGCGGGGCAGGAAGCUCCAGCUCGGUUUAGGUUCCUUUGCAGGAUGGUGAUUUCCAGAGGAGCUGGGAAGGACAGAGGGGGAAGGAAGGAAGAGCGGCCGCCACUACUCCACGCCCCCACCAACCCGCCUGCCAGCCACUUGCCAGGACCCUCCUCCUCCUCCUCCUCCUCCCCCCCCCUCCCCCCAAGUCGCCCGGGACCGCAAGUCCCACCCACCAAGCAGCGCCAGCGCCAGCGCCACCGCCACCGCCCACCCAGGCCUCCUCGCGAGAACGGUAUCUUGCCGCCGCCCACACAGGUCUCGCGAGAGUUGACGCUCGCCGCCGGCACCCACAAAGGUCUCGCGAGAGCUAACUCUAAUUGGUUCCCGUCCCAGGCUCUGCUACACCUUCUUCCGAAACUGAAUCCACUAGACAUACGUCGGGGAGCAGAGUGCACGUGUGGCGCCUUGGUCUCCUCACUCGUGCAACAGAGAGGGACAGCACCCACCGCCGCCUCCCAGGAGCACGUCAAAGUCACGUUUCAGGAAUCAUUAAUGACACCCACUCACUCACCCACCACCCACUCUCACGAAGAGAGGCGGCACAGGGCCUGAUACCCUCCCUGCCAGUGCCCGUUUUCAGACAGGAGACAUAAAGUUCAUGGAAACAUCCGAUACAGAUGACAUUCCAGGAAAAAUCCAUCAGACGGUCAUCGCCUGCAUCCACUCAAUCUGAAAAUGCCGGAGCCUCAAUCCUCGCUCGACUCAAACCCGAAGUCAUCAUCACCAUCACCACCACCACCACCACCACCACCACCACCACCACCACCACCAACACAGGAACACCGGGCCAAGAUGCCCGAGCUUGCUCUUCCUUCUCAAUACGGCCAAAUCCCUUACAGUUUCCUUUCCUGCUUUUCACCAUGACCUGGUCUGCUAGGCUUUUUCCUUAUUUUUAUUCAUUCAUUUAUUUAUUUAUUUAUUUAUUUAUUUAUUUAUUUAUUUAUUUAUUGGGAGGGGGCAGAGCAGAGGAGUACCCAGGAGUUAGGCCAGAGGCCCAGGGUGCUUGAAACUUCAACGGUUCAAUGACAUUUCAUUUCAAAGACGAAAAUGAGGCCGGCUGGGGGACAGUCAAUAUAAAGCUAAGGCUUCACUUCGGUGUUUGGGGGUGGAGGUGAGGGUG